GAACCCUGAAAGGAGGGAAAAGUAAGUAAGUCCAGCCAUUACGCUUCUUUCAGGCUUCAUUUGGAACAUUUGGAUUUUGGACUUUGAAGCUGAAGAAACUGCCUUGAUAAUUCAGUGAGCCAACAAAAGGAAACACUUUACUGAGUGAGAAAGGGAGAUACAAGAUGCUGAUGGUGCAGUGCAGCUGGUGUCAGGAGAGGAUGAAAAAGCCUGAUCACCUUGUCUACAAAAGCAAGGAUCCCAGGCAGAAGCAGUUGUCAUUUUUCAAUCCCUCUGUCUCUAAAAUGGACAUCAGGGAGGAAAACAAUCAUAUUUCAGAGACAAUGCAGUCAGAAGAAGCGCCUUCCACUUCUGAAGAUGCGGCAGUUGACAUUCUGGGGCAAACAUCCUACCCUCUGCCUCCCCCUCCUUUCCCCACUGGGAUACCUGCCCCCCCUCAGCCAGCAUCAGAUCCUCAGACUGGAGGAUUUGUUAGCAACAUCCUCCCAGAACCAGCUCCUCCUGUGUAUCAGCAGCUGGUUCCACUCAUGGGCUCAGGACCAGCUCACCUCUACAGUCAGCCAGGGACAGAUAGACAGGGACAGCUGAGACACCCAAAGCAUAAUGUGCUCGGGAUUCCAGACAACAUGAGGCAGUACGUGCGUCCUGUUGGAGAACUGCACGAUGUGCCAUUGUGGGAUUUUGUCACUCCUCCUCCCCCAUCCAACCCUCAACUUCCCCCUCCUUUCCCCACUGGAGCACCCGCUCAGUCAGCAUUAGAUCCUCAGACUGGAAGAUUUCUUAGCUACACCCUCCUGGAACCAGCUCCUCCUGUGUCUCAGCAGCUGGUUCCACUCAUUCUCACUAACACCGCCACAGUGCCAGCUCACCUCUACAGUCAGCCAGGGACAGAUAGGCAGGGACAGCUGAGACACCCAGAGCAUAACGUGCUCGGGAUUCCAGACAACAUGAGGCAGUACGUGCGUCCUGCUGGAGAACUGCACGAUGUGCCAUUGUGGGAUUUUGUCACUCCUCCUCCCCCAUCCAACCCUCAACUUCCCACUCCUUUCCCCACUGGAGCACCCACUCAGUCAGCAUUAGAUCCUUGGACUGGAAGAUUUCUUAGCCACACCCUCCUGGAACCAGCUCCUCCUGUGUCUCAGCAGCUGGUUCCACUCAUUCUCACUAACACCGCCACAGUGCCAGAUCACCUCUACAGUCAGCCAGGGACAGAUAGGCAGGGACAGCUGAGACACCCAGAGCAUAAUGCGCUCGGGAUUCCAGACAACAUGAGGCAGUACGUGCGUCCUGUUGGAGAACUGCACGAUGUUCCAGUCCGGGAUUUUGUCGUUCCUGCUCCCCAUCCAACAUCUCCACUCCAAAAUGUUUUUGCAAAAAGGAAAUGUGAAGCCCGACAGUAUGAGGACCGGCUGUACAUAAAGAAACCACCAAACGCCUUCAUGCUUUACCUGAAGGAGCAGAGGCCAAAGGUGAUGGCGGAACUGAACAUAACUGGCAGUGCAGCCAUAAAUGCAGUUGUGGGAAAGAGGUGGAGGUCACUCUCAAAAGACCAACAAGCAAAAUAUUUUGAUCAGGCUGAAACGGAGAGUUGCCGUCACGCCACAGAGCAUCCAGACUGGUCCACCAAAGAAAACUACGGCAAAAAGAGGAAGAGAACACGAAAUCGCACCUCAAGCACAGCAUCUGCAUCUGAACCUAAACAGGAAGCUCAACAGGCCAAGAGGCUUUGUGUGACGCCAGCUCAGACACAGCCGUCUUCUUCCUAUUCAGUUGUGAAGGAGCCUCUCAAGCAGCCACAGAGACAGCCAACUGUUACCAACCUGCCUCACCAGCAGUCAGCCAUCUACAGCCCUCCUCUCCUCAAGCAGGCUGGUCCUCACCAGAAUCAGAUCAGUCCUGUAGGCCCCCAAACCACAGCUUCCUUCAAACACUGUAUUGAAGGUCUUAGCUCACUGCUUAAUUAG